CUUCCCCCCUUUUUAGACGGCACAACCCCUAAACACCAGAACAGAUAGGGAGGGACUGACACUCAAAGCUACUGAAAGAUAACAAGAGUUGGCUACAGGAUGCCUGCAUACUCCACCAACAUGAGGCUGAAGUUCCCCAUCCUGGCCUUGAUUUUGGAGAUUAUCACCAUCAUCUUGUUUGCUGUGUUUGUGGUCUAUGAUGAUGGGAAGGGUCAUCAUGAUGGUCACCAUGAUGCUAAUACCACUGAAGAAGAAUCACCUCUGCAGCUGUAUCCUAUGUUUCAGGAUGUCCACGUCAUGAUCUUCAUCGGCUUCGGGUUCCUGAUGACGUUCCUCAAGAAAUACGGGUUCAGCAGCGUGGGCAUCAACCUGGUGCUGGCCGCCUUCGGUCUCCAGUGGGGUCUCCUCAUGCAGGGACUGUGGCACAUGGAUAACGGCAAGAUUAAAAUGAACAUCUUCAAAAUGAUAAAUGCAGACUUCAGCACAGCUACAGUCCUGAUCUCCUUUGGUGCUGUUCUGGGUAAAACCAGCCCAGUGCAGCUCCUCAUCAUGACCAUCCUGGAGAUCACCAUCUUCUCCAUCAAUGAGCAUCUGGUGGCUAACAUUCUUAAGGCUAACGACGUUGGAGCGUCAAUGAUCAUACACGCUUUUGGUGCUUACUUUGGUUUGGCAGUGGCUCGGGUUCUUUACCGACCCGGUUUGAGGAACGGACAUGAAAAUGAUGGAUCUGUUUAUCAUUCUGACCUGUUUGCAAUGAUCGGAACCGUGUUCCUGUGGAUGUUCUGGCCCAGCUUCAACUCAGCCAUCGCUGAGCCAGGCGUCACUCAGCUCACUGCAGUGAUCAACACCUAUGUCUCCCUGGCCGCCUGUGUGCUCUCUGCGUACGCCAUCUCCAGCCUGGUUGAACACAAAGGGAAACUGGACAUGGUCCACAUACAGAAUGCCACUCUGGCUGGUGGUGUUGCAGUGGGAACUUGUGCCGACAUGAAUAUCCAACCAUUUGGAGCGAUGCUGAUUGGAUUAGUGGCUGGCAUCAUUUCCACCCUGGGCUUCAAACUCCUCUCUCCGAUCCUGGCAUCCAACCUGGGCAUCCAGGACACGUGUGGAGUCCACAAUCUGCACGGCAUGCCUGGCAUCCUUGGAGGACUGGCUGGCAUUGUUGCUGUGGCUUUGGGAAAGGCAAAUCAAGGCUCUGCAGACAUGCAAGCUGCUGCCCUGGCUUCGUCUCUCGGAUUCGCUCUGAUUGGAGGUGCUAUAACUGGGUUGAUAAUGAAGCUACCAUUCUGGGGACAGCCUCCAGAUCAGAACUGCUUUGAUGACUCUCUUUACUGGGAGGUUCCCAUUGAGGAGGAGGAGAAUGAAGGAAGUAUGGCUGCUGGAGAAAACUCGAAGAACAAAACAGAAGCCUGAAUAGAAUCAUUUCAUCCCUUUAUAUAAAAAAGCAGACACAGAGGGGUUUUUUUCCCAAGCUCUGGUUGUCAAACAUAUUACUAUGAUCUGAAAAACACCAUUUAUCAGCACAUUACUAUCCUUUUUACAUGUUUUGUGCACAAAGACAUCUGUACAAAGGCUACUACAUUUGAAACUAUUAUCUAAAACAUGACACAUGGCAGAUUCAAAAUAGGAAUGAGUUAUUUUUUUUCAAGCAAGAAAACAUAUGUUCCAAAUUAUGGGAAGCAAGAAAUUACAUUUUUCACUAAAGAGUUUAAAAAAAUGUUUAAUAACUAUUAUAGCAAUCAAAGCAGGCGACUUCUUUCCUUCACUGCUGUAAUAUCUGAUAAGCUUUGAUAAUGUUAUUUUUGUAUUUUAUGGAUGCCUCAUGUAUUUUUCUUGGUAUAUCUGCUGAAACUUACGUUGAAAAUAGGAGGCCUUUGAUCAGCUGCUUCGCCUUACCUCACUGGAGCCCGGUCCUUGUGCGAGGAGUCAGAGUCCGUCAGCUCAGCUCUGACGCGGGCUGGGAUGGUCGCUUCAUCUUCUGAUAACUAGUGAACCUUUAUACAGUAUAUCUUAUAUCCUACCAAUUUCCAAGCAUUUCCAGUAUUUCCAAGGACUCUUGUACAAAUAAGCACAAAUGUAUGUUACAAACUAUACUGGGUGUUUUUUCUGUUCAGAGUAGAAGUAUUUUUGAAUGUACAUACAAUUUAUAUAUGGAACGACAUGGUCAGUUUUAUCAAAGCUAACAAUGGCAACUGGUACUGAGAUUUUCUAUUCAUCUUUUCAAGAUUAUUAAUCAUGUUUAAGGUUUUAUUUUCAGCUCGUUUUACUCAUCUCUGUGUCUGUUUUUUUUGUUUCUAGUCACUGAGUCUUAAAAAACUACAACUGCAACAAACCUCAUGUGUUAUUCAUAGUAUAAAAACUUCUCCUUAUGUUUGAAGACGCAUGACGCCAAAGUCCUUUUUAUUUCUUUCUACUUCAAAAUGCUACUCUGAUAGCUUGAUGAAACUGACUACGAAUAGGAUUUAUCUGACAUUUACAGCUUUUUUAAUGAUCUCUCGUGCCUCAAACCACUGAUACUUCAAGAUGUUUUGCUUCUUACUUUUAUACUUUGGGCAUUUGCUCCUACUUGUAAAAUAUACUAAUACAAUAUUAAAAAUGUUUUCUACAAUA